AUGGGUAACGCCAUUUACACGGACCAGAUCGUGUGCCACGAUACCAUGGAAACUUGUGAGUUGAAAUAUUUGAGAACUUGUCAGUAAUUGAAUAAACUGCUUAAAGGUCGUUCUCAUUGUGACAAAUCAGAGUGUGUUUUCAUGGAGAACUGCAAUAAUAUGGGAAAGAAGUUUGUAUGCAUUCCGUUCGAUCCGAGAUUUAUUAUGUUAGUUCCAAGAAAAACAAUUUCUGACAAAUUAGAUUCUAAUUACAGGUGGGUCAUGAUCAUUUCGUUUGUGAUAGUUCUGCUCACUUGCUCAUCUCUCGUUGCCUGCUACAUCUGCCGAGCUGUCCGGAAAUCGUAUCAAAUGCAAGUUCAGUACAAUUCGAAUAGAGAGGUUCGAAAGCAAAACGUCGUUAUUCUAAAUAUAUGUGGGUUUUUUUGCAGGUUGUGUUCCAAAACCCGGGAAGAGUGCAUCAUGUGCAUUACGAUUCGCCGAGACGACAGGAUCACGGACAACAACGUUACUGA